AACAAGGGUGAUACAGGUGUUCGUGGAAAGCAAGGUCCCCCUGGUCCCAAGGGACCUCAAGGACCCUCAGGUUCAGCUGGUUCCCCUGGAAACAAGGGUGAUACAGGUGCUCGUGGAAGUCAAGGUCCCUCAGGUCCCAAGGGUGCUCCAGGAUCGCUUGCUCGUAAUUGGAAACAGUGCGUUUUUAAGAAUCUGAACGACGGCAGGGACUCUGGAUUGAUCAAGGUAACAACUGCAUGAGUUUGUUGUUCUAGAUUAAAUAAAUAAAUCUGACGUAAAUUAAAAAUUACUGAUACUUAAAGGUCUAGCCUUGAGAUUCGAGCGAAGUGUAAAUCUUACUGGUUAUUACGCCAUUUGGAGAAAAAAAAAUGGGUGUAUCUGAUAUUUAACUAUUUACUCAUGGGAUGAUACGGAAUGCAAGAAAAAAUUCGAAUGACAUUACUUAUUAAGUUUAUAGGAUACACCUAUACCUUCUGGUCUGAAUUUGAGUACACCCGCCAUGGUAACUAUAACUUGUUCCCACGGUUUGCCCCUAUGACGUCGAUAGCAUCGCAGGCACGCUAUCCACAGUUGAGGGUAUAAAGAUGUUAAAGUCAAGUAGCAUAGCUAAAGCCAAGUGAAAAGUCCGAGGAGUUAAAACAAUUCCCUUCCUCUUUUCAUUGUGAAAAUACGAGUAUGUUGAUGUCUUUGUGUUACAGUGAGUGAAAUCCACGGUUUUCAGGUACGUUUUUCUGGACGAUCAUGUCAUUGUUUAUCUCUGAUGUUUCAUCUUGGUUCACCUCGUUUUGAUCUCUCCUCCUCUGUUGAUUUUUAAGGAGUGCAUUUUCAAGAAAGCAUCAGCCACUACUGGGUUGCGCGUCUUUUGGAGUGGCAAUCUUCGUCUCUACAACUGCCAUGGAUGCUGCAGACGAUGGUAUUUCACUUUCAACGGCGCAGAGUGUUCAACACCAGGUGCCAUUGACGGAAUAGUCUACAUGGUACAUGGAAAUAGCGCGAGAAAGGAUUUACACCGCGUACGUCACAUAGAAGGAGUCUGUGAGAAAAUCCACAAGGGUACUGUUCGCGUGGGAUUCUGGGUCGGUAAUUGUGCUAGUUACGGAUCUGCUGAUGCUUACACAGGCUGGAACUCAGUAUCCCGGUUGUACGUGGAAGAAGUACCUCCACCACAGGCUUAA